AUAGGUCAGCUUUCAAAAUGGGUUAUCGAAGGUUAUCGAUAUAUAUCUGUCUCUCAGCUUCUCUCAGCAAGUAUCAUUAACUUAAGAUAACAGUGUGAAGGCCCUGGGAAUAUGGUGGAAGAUGGAUAUAAAUCUACGUUACUAUCGUAUAUCAGAAACUGUUGGGUUUCUACUUGAAGAACCUCUGACGGAGUUACCCAGCUAUUUCGAAGCCUGGAGUGAGUUGGGUAAGAAUGUCCCACACUACUUAAGCCAACAUGAACUUCGGAGCAGGGUAGAGAAAAUGCCCCUCCUCGACUACACCCAGUUAAGUGACUAUCAUCAGUACUGCCUGGCACAUCUGCUACUGUCAUUUAUAGGAGCUGGGUAUGUGUGGCAAGAAGGAGACAAAGGAGUAGUGCAGUCUGUUCCUGCAUCCCUUGCCAUCCCCUGGUGUGGUGUGUCUGACUACCUUGGUAUACAUCCUAUCAUAUCCCACACAGACUUUGCAUUGGUCAACUGGACAAAGAUUGAACCACAGAGGCCUUUGGAACUUUGUAACCUUCAGAAUAUAUGUAGACUCCCUGGUGGCAAACACAUGGAGUGGUUCUCAUUGGUCACUGUGCAGAUGGAGAUGGACUUUGCCUCUGGGAUUAGACCUCUCCUGUCAGCCAUAGACAGUGUAGAACAUGGCAAUGAUGACCAGUUGAUUCAAGCACUUCGCGGACUUCAGGAUACUUUGUGCAAAAUGAAGAAAACGAUAUCCAGGAUGCAUGAUGAACUGGAUGCUGAUGUCUUUUACAAUGUCAUUAGACCGUACCUGAAUGGUUGGGGUGGUGCUGGCUCCCCGCUUCCCCAGGGUCUGAUAUAUGAAGGGGUCAGCGAACAACCUGUUCAGCUGUCAGGGGGCAGUGCAGCACAAAGCACUUCUAUGCAGUUUAUUGACCAUGUGCUAGGAAUAGAACAUAAAGAAGAUCACACAGCUUUUUUGAAGAGAAUGAGGGAUUACAUGCCGGCCCCUCACAGGCAGUUUUUACAAGACCUGAGUAACAGACCCAGGGUGAAAGAAUAUGUUGAGGCAUCAGACAACAAGGAACUUGUCAAGGAAUAUAACCUGACAGUUGAGGCAGUGAAAAACUUUAGGAGCUACCACAUUCAACUCGUUGCCAAAUAUAUUGUUGUUCAGUCUAACCGUGUGAAUAGAAACAAGAGCUACGAGUCCGUUGAGAAGAAAGGAACUGGAGGGCAAAGCCUGAUGCCAUUUUUAAAAGGAAUCAGAAAUACGACUGCUGCUGCAACUGUGCAGAAGGAACCUCUCCUGGGUCAGGUCUUCCCAUGCCUUAUUUUUCUUGGCAACAAAGAUGAACUGGAUGCUGAUGUCUUUUACAAUGUCAUUAGACCGUACCUGAAUGGUUGGGGUGGUGCUGGCUCCCCGCUUCCCCAGGGUCUGAUAUAUGAAGGGGUCAGUGACCAACCUGUUCAGCUGUCAGGGGGCAGUGCAGCACAAAGCACCUCUAUGCAGUUUAUUGACCAUGUGCUGGGAAUAGUACAUAAAGAAGAUCACACAGCUUUUUUGAAGAGAAUGAGGGAUUACAUGCCGGCCCCUCACAGGCAGUUUUUACAAGACCUGAGUAACAGACCCAGGGUGAAAGAAUAUGUUGAGGCAUCAGACAACAAGGAACUUGUCAAGGAAUAUAACCUGACAGUUGAGGCAGUGAAAAACUUUAGGAGCUACCACAUUCAACUCGUUGCCAAAUAUAUUGUUGUUCAGUCUAACCGUGUGAAUAGAAACAAGAGCUACGAGUCCGUUGAGAAGAAAGGAACUGGAGGGCAAAGCCUGAUGCCAUUUUUAAAAGGAAUCAGAAAUACGACUGCUGCUGCAACUGUGCAGAAGGAACCUGUCACAUGACCAAAACCAGCUCAG